AUGACAAACGCACGUCCUCAUCUGCGACCGCCAUUUGGCGGCUCUGGCUAUCCGACGUCGGCGUCAGAGAACUUUCGCCCAGCCAUGCCCGCGCCUCAUUUGCUCCCUAAGCGAGUCUUCGUAGGUGCCAUCAUCUCCUCCAGAUCAGCAACCGAUCUCAGCAUCAUCGAACGAGGAAUCCUCGGCGUAGGAUCCGGUGGUGUCAUUCGCUUCCUCGAAGACCUCGACAAACUCGAGCGACUGGUUUCCCGACCUGCCUCUCUGACUACCUCGGCGCAGACGCCCUCCUCCGAGUCAUCAGCCUCCACUUCGAGUACCACUCCUGGCGCUGGAGAGGACCGCUCCUCGACACCUGUGCCCAUCCCUGGCUCUGCUCAGUCCGCACUGCCGAACCUUCAAGAUGCACCUGCGCUCGAGAUGCCUCCACCAGCCGUGCCUUCGCGUCAUCCCACCACCAAUGCCGCCAGCCCCCUCGACGAAGCAUCACAACGGGAGCAACAGCUCAUCAAGCAUGUGCUUGAUAAGCAUGGCUGGCGACGCGGCCAGUACAAGCUCACUCGCCUUCCGCCCGGCAGCUUCCUCUGCUCUGGCUUCAUCGACACCCACACCCACGCCUGCCAAGUGCCCAACAUCGGUCUUGGUCAGCAGUACGAGCUGCUUGACUGGCUUCAGCACGUCACCUUCCCACGCGAGAGGAGGUUCGAAGACCCUAGGUAUGCUCGCAAGACCUACGAGUCGGUUGUGCAGCGACUCAUCGACUCCGGUACCACCACGGCUUGCUACUACGCGACACUACAUCUGGACGCGUCCAAGAUUUUGGCCGAAAUCUGCAACGAGCGAGGCCAGCGUGCGUUUGUUGGCAAGUGCCAGAUGGACCGCAACUCGCCCAUCGACUACAUUGAGAAGAAUGCAUCGCAGUCGAUUGAGGACACGAAGGAGUUCGUCCGCUUCACCAGGAGCCUCCGACCGUAUGGACAGCCGCCCGAUGUUUCGUCACCAUCAAUGAGUCCUGCGGACCUGCACAGCACGUCGCCGGAGAUGGACGCCAGCAUUGCUCGCCUCAGCGCGACCAUGGACGAGAUGAUGUCGCCGACGAGCAGCAAGCCGUCCUCCGAGGCGGGCGGCAGUCCUUCCACCACCAAGGUGGCUCCUGCAGCCAAGUCGCAUCCCACCCCCUCCCGAGCCAGUCUUCCGGUCGUCAGGAAUCCGAGCAGCAGCAGCAUCCGCUCGGCUCGCGAGAGCGGCACCUCUACACCGUCGAGGCAACGCGAACGCGAACUCAACAACGCGCUGGUCCAGCCCAUCCUGACCCCACGCUUCGCCAUCUCGUGCACCGACGCCAUGCUCACCGGCAUCUCGGCGCUGCUCUCGCGCGAUCCCACGCUGCGAGUUCAGACGCAUCUCAGCGAGAAUGAAGGCGAGAUCACCUUCACCAAGCAGCUCUUCCCCUUUGCCAAGAACUACACCUCGGUGUACGACCACUACUCGCUCCUCGGUCCGCGCACCAUCCUGGCGCACGCGGUGCAUCUCGACUCGGAAGAGCUCGCCAUCAUCAAAAAGCGCAAGUGCGGCAUCUCUCACUGCCCUACGAGCAACCUCAACCUGCGCUCGGGUGCGUCUCGGGUCGGAGAGAUGCUCAACAUGGGGAUCAAGGUUGGACUGGGUACGGAUGUGUCGGGCGGGUUCGGGUUGGGGAUGCUGUCUGCGAUCCGGGAGGCGAGUGUGGUAGCGAAGGUGUUGGCGUUCCAGCGUGCGCAGGCGGAGAGCAAGGCGAAGGAGGAGCACGCUGCGCUGACGGCUACGGCUCCACCCACGAGCGAGCAGGCGGCGCAGAAUGCGCAGCAGCCGCUCGCGGGUGCGGCUGUCGACGGUCGCUAUCCUGGACCUCCCGUUGCGGGCCAGUAUCAGCCGCGCAAACCCCACUCGAUCGCCACGUCCAACCUCAACACGACGGAAGUGUCACAGUCCGUCCAGGAUCCCGCCUCGUCACUCACCACCAAAGCCACGAUCGAUUUCACCAAGGGACCGCUGAGCAUCGCCACGCUGUUCUACCUUGCGACGCUGGGUGGAGCAGAGGUCUGCGCCAUGGCUAGCAGGAUCGGAUCGCUCGAGGCGGGCAAGGAGUUCGACGCGCUGCUGGUCCAGACGACGAGUCAUUGGGGGCCUGCGGGGUACACGGGCAAUCCAGGCUGCUUCGUUGAGGAGGACGAUACGCUGCCGGACGUGUUUGAGAAGUGGAUGUUCACGGGCGACGAUCGGAAUAUCGGCACGGUGUUUGUGAGGGGGAGGGUUGUGGGCGGAGCAAAGCCGCUGCGUGAUUGA